CAGUUGAGAACCACUGUUAUUACUUACCACUCAUGUCAUUUAUAAAAAGGUAUUUAUUAUAUUCAGUAUUCUUCUUAUUGUUUAUAACUCUGUAGAGAUGUUUAUAUAUAUAUUGAAAGCUGCUAUUCUUAAUGUUUCCCAACUGUACUUUGACAAUGUAGCCCAAGUGAAGCGCAAUAAUGAAGACUAGCACAUUAGGAUAGACUGGGUUUAUUGUUACUAUCAACACAACAACAAUCCUAUUCAGUGGUAGCCAGUGUACAUUCAAUCUGAUGUCAUAAGUCUCAAUUAGGGCGAAGAGCUGUACCCCUUCCUUACAGAAGUGUGUAUGCGGCACAAACAUGUACAGUAUGAUUUGUACGUAAUACAGUUGAUUAAAUUCAAGUGCUCAAAAUAAAUGCCCUCCAUUCUUUGUUUUGAUAGGAUAAUUGAAAUGAUGCCUACUGACCAUGCAAACUAAAAGUAGAGACUUUGGUCAUUCUCAUCUCCCCCGGGCCCAAACAUGGAGUAAUAACUCUGCCAUGUUUGGUCAGGCUUUCCGGAGUCCAGCCUGGCAGGGGCUGAACUCGGGGAUAUGGUUUUGUUGUGGUUGAGGAGCAAAAAGUGACCAAACCCUUCUGACUCAUCACCCACCAAUCGCCUAAAGUAUGCAAAUUCUGGCAGCCAUGGCAACAAGGGGAAACAGGAAGAUGUGAUGAUGUCACUCUGUGUUUUGAGCUCUUCCCCAGUUUGGAUGUGAAUCGGGGGAGUUUUGUUUUCACUGAGGAUGAGGGAUGUUUUAAAGCACGUGUGCUUGCCUGUGAGGAGUGCACAGUCACACUUAAGAGUCCAUGACGGCAGCUUGGAAAUUUCAGACUGGAGCCUUGGAGCAGACAAUGCCACUGAGAUUACUACAGUACCAUAACUCAGUGACUCCACCAGCCAUUAGCAUCUGGCUUUUUCACCCCAGCAUGGCAUUUUAAAGCCAGACUGGGAGCUUAGAGAGCUACCUACUCGGAGCCUGAUGUCACCAAGUGUGUAGAAAUACAGGGUUUCAGGUCAAAAGUUAAACAAACUUCCUGACCCCAACCCCAUGUAGCAUUCUCCCUGUCUGAGCAACAUCACACAUCAAUUCAAACACCAGUUUUUUCAUUCUGAUGCAUUGUCAUUUAACGCUAUUUUUGGUACCAAAGUGCAGCUUAGGGCUAGCUGUGAAGAGAAACUUUAGACAGCAUCUUAGUUUACAAGAUACAGUCAUCUGAUUAUGUAAUGCAUUGGUUGAAGUUAAAUUUACAUCCAACUCUCCUUACAUGCAGAUCCAUUUAGAGGGACUGCAUGUGUAUGUACUUGUAAUUUAACCCACACUGCAUUACCAGUAUAAAUUGGAGUUCUUGGACUUUUAUUCUAAAGUAAAAAAGUAGCUGAUAAUCAGAAAGCCUUGCAAGUUUGCAAUCAGUCCCAAACUGUAACACUGUGCGCCACCCACAGACCUCAGAUCAGAUGAAGUCAUGCUCCGUAAACUCGUUCUGUGUCUCUCCCCUCUUCUCCUGAGUUUCACAACACAUGCUACCACUUCUCAUUUACGUAAUGGUGCUAGCAACUGCGUCACUGUCACAGUUCUGAUACACCAUGUGUGUGUAUGCGUAUGUGUGUGUGCGCGUGUGUAAUGAGUGUGUUUAUGUAGAGUGUGUGUCUACAAGUUUCUGUGUAAGAGAGAACAUCUGUGCUGGGGCUGAUGAAGUCAGUAAGUUUCUGAACUCCACGUGCAAGACAGUGUGGACACGCCGCUGAUGUCAUGCUUUUGUGUUGUAGCUUGUACUUACCUGUUGAGAUAAAUCUGAGUUUAUUUAUUUUUGUGUGUAUGUGGGUGCUUGAUAAACCUACACAUACAGAGGCAGUCAGAAAAAGAAGGAGUGUGUUCCUAGGUUUUAAAGUUGUUUGCUGAAGUCGCUGGCCAGUGGUUUAUGACAGGCCGUUUUAACGCUCGAUUAACAGGUCCAGCACAGGCCAGCCAACUCUGGUUAGCCAUCCACUGUGAUUUAAGGACAUUCUGCCUUCUCUGGGAACCACACAUACACACAUUUACACACACACUACAAAGUUAUGUCCUCACCACUGAACCCUAACGGGGUGACAUUAAUCUGUAAAGUUUAUAGAUGUAAUAAAUGCUCCUGUCAGUGCCAUGAAACUGCUGUGCCUUAAAUAUAAAUACACCUACUCUGAUACACUCAAACCCAAAAUCAUUUAGAGUUAUCGUGGAUGACUUUGCCUGUGACUGAAAACAGGCAGCAUUGGUUUGAAGGUAUGCAAGAAAUGAUUGAUCUACAGUGAAGGCAAACCACAAAUAUGUUUUAUAAGACUGUCCGAUUUUGGCUCUAACACCUUGAAUUUCAGUAACUUAAAUUCUAAUAAACAAGGUAAACUGAAAAUAUAAUAGUAAUAAUAAUAAUAAACAAGAAAACUUUAAAAAAUUGUUCUGUAGCACUCAUGUAUAAGCAGUUCCUAGUAAUGGUCUAAGGCAUUAAAAAUAUCAGAAACCAAGAAAAGGCUGAUAACACUUCUGUAAAGCACCCUACUGAUCAGGAAAAUCUUAAUUUAGCAAUUUAUCACCAUGAAGAAGAUAAGAGAUGAAUGAAUGUCAGCAUAUAUCUGGCUGACAACCAGUCAUGAGGCUGUGAUGCUGCCACUCCUGACUUUAAAUGACGCUGAUCACUGGGAGCUUUAUUCCUCUACUGACCUCUUUCUACGCCAUUUUACAAUGACUAAUGCUGGCCUCUUUAGUGAUAAAGCCAACUGGUGGGACUCUUAUUUAGCAUUUAUUACAGGGACCUCAAAAAGAGUGGAACAAGUACAUUUUUACCUGUGUGUUGCUAUCAUGUCUUCUUUUAACAACACUGUAAAAUGUUUGUAUUUCAUGGUACGCCACAAUGUUUUCAGUGGGAGACUAGUUGGGACUGUGGGGAGGCCAGUUUAGGAUCUAGACUCUUCUACUGAGCCACAUGCUGUAGAUCAUGCAGCAUUGUCUUUGAUGCGUGGUCUUUCCUGUGCAGGAAGCAUUGUCUGGAUGGCAGCAAGUGUUGUUUAUAAACCUGUAUGUAUUGUAUUGCUCAGCAUAUUGAUGUAUUGAUGAUUCCCACAUUGCAUGGGCAUUGAAGCAUCCCAAGAUGGUGGCAGAGCUGAAGAUGCAAUGUCUAUGAUUUCAGAAACGAUGUAAAAUUCUCUUUGACCACAGGACAGUUUUCCACUUUGCCUUGGUCCAUCUUUUAAUGGUCUCAGGCCUGAAGAAGUCACCAGUGUUUCUGGAUCAUGUUAGUAUAUGGUUUGGUUUUAAGGUGAUUUUGAGCACAUGUUGUGAUUUCCACUACAGAGUCAUGUCUGUUGUAGUGCUGCCUAAGGGACUGAAAAUGACGCCACAGCCAUCCAGCAUCAGUUUCUGUCUUGUCCCUUUGUACAGAGACCUCUCUGACUUCUCAGAAUCUUUGCAUGCAGCAUGAUAAAAUCUUCAAAUUCUUCACAAAUCUACACUGAAGAACAUUAUUCUGAAAUUGCUGAACUAUUUGCCUCUGCAUGUCUUUCACAGAAUGGUGACUUAACACUAGCUUUACGUCUGACAGACUCUGCUUUGCUUCAGUGUCUUUUGCAUACUCAAUCAUGUUACCAAACUGAUGAAAAUAAACCCAAUUAAUCUGGAGAUGGAUGUUUUUAAGCAUUACAACUUACAACUUUUUCAGUUUUUAGUGAACCCUGUGCCAAUUUUGGAGCAUUUAAAUAUAUUUUUUAGAUUAUUUGCAGACAAUCAAAGUGUGUUUUUUUCUUCAAAUCUAUAUGGAAUUGAGGUUGAAGUCUCCUUAAAUGUAAUGUUCUCUUUUCAACUUCUUUCAAGUUAAAAACUGUGUAUUUCACUGCCUGGAGAAUCAAAUAUUUUUACAAUCAAAAACCUAAUUUGUGAGAUUUACAUUUAACUUGUGUCAUUGUUUAACCUAAAUUUUGUUGCUGUGUUUAUUUAUUCAUGUCACCUCGCCAUUCACAUGCAUACAGUGUUACUAUUUGUGUUGUUAUGCGUACAAUGUUACUAUUUGUGUUGUUUAUAGUGUAAACACUUGUAUAUUAUCUUUAUAUUUUUCGUUUUUUACUUAUUUUAUCUAUUUAUCUCUAAAUUUUUACUUAUUUUUACUUACUUUAUCUGUUAGUUAUCUCCUCUUUAACUGUAUUUGUACUGGAGUACUGUGACAAAAGCAAUUUCCCCCUGGGGAUUGUUUAAGUAUUUCUGAUUCUGAUUCUGAUUAUCCACUGUAGUUGUAUUAUUGCAUUUAUAGUAUUCAGUACAUUCUAUCCUACACUAAAGCCUGACCAGGGACAAAAGCUGCAAAUUAGCUAAAGUUAGACGUCUUGUAUGCAUCACAUUUUCCAAUUUCAUCACAAUUUCUUGUGGCAAUGUUGUAUGUAGUGUCCCUGUUAAAUAAACAUUGAAUUAAAAUAAAUAAAUUUGGUACUACUAUUACACUGGAAAAAAAAGUGAGUUGGUUUUCAUGCUGAAUGCUUUUAAAUGCAGUAAACCAAAACAAGUGUGGUUCCUUAUAUAGGUUAACAAGAACAUUCCCAUCAGAAAUUUUAAAUUACAUUUAAAAUGUGCUCAUCCAUUAGGCUACUUCAAUUAAUAUAAAUGGGACAAAAAUGAAUAAAUAAAAAGGCAGAGAUAACUCGUUGCUCUACCAAUGUAAUGUAAUAUAAUAUAAUAUAAUAUAAUAUGGAAUAAUAUAAUAUAUACAUUGACACUGUAUAACUGCAUUGACUUGAACACUCCUGUUUGACUGCACGUUAUAGAUCGUGUGUGUGUCCUGUGGAGAAGCACGUACGCACAUCUGAAGCUGCUCCUCUGAAAUGUUUGAUAGCCGCUGACUCAAUCACAGCCGGAGCUCCGGGGGCUCACACACCAACAGGUAGGCAGGUCGUGACGUAGCUGCCACCAGCCAGCCCUCCGCCUCCCCCCAUCCCCACCCCCACCGUCCCGCCUGCCUCCCAGCUGCGUCCGCCGCUGUCCUGUCUGGUCGCCCGGUGUCUGCUCCGCCGCUCCGCGCUCUGCGGCGCUCCCUCCCCGAACCCGACGACUCUGCCUCCUCGUUCACCGCCCCGGCUCCCGGUUCCCCCCCCAUCCCCUCCACCCGGUGAAUGCACCAGUGCCGAAACCAUGACGGGCAUCGCCGCCGCCUCUUUCUUCUCUAAUUCCUGCAGGUUCGGGGGCUGCGGUCUCCAGUUCGAGUCUCUCGCCGAGCUCAUCGUCCACAUCGAGGACAAUCACAUCGGUGAGUCGGGCAGGAGGGGGGGAGUCGGAGCUAGGCUACUAGCUGGGUGUAAGCUAGCUAGUUAGCUGAACGUAGACGGGCUCGGUUUGCAGUCCGCUAUUCCUGCUGCCGCUCGCUUUCCGUCGAGGCUCGCCGGAGUGGGAGUUAUUCACCGUCACCAGACUUUUAUUCUUUAGGAAAACACUCUUUAUCUGUAAAAUUAGUGUGUGGCUUGUUUGUACUCUGCAUUAGCUAUCACUGUAACACCUUUUGCAGCGGUAACUCGCCUCCGAGGGCCGCGUAGGUCUCGUAGGUGUUACUAGCAUUCCGACCAGGCAGCGGUGUCUCGGCUAACAGUGCAGAGGAGUCGGUCGGUGUGUGUGUUUAUGUUUCCAGGCCUGGUGCACAGCAGCAGCAGCCGGGGCUUCAAGCGCGCUGUUUGUGUAUUGGGCUGCCAAAAAGUCUGCCAAUUUUGUCACCUUAGGUGUCCCAACGCAUCCGGACGUCAAUGCAUCUGUAAUGCUUUGCGAUGAUGUUGGUGUCACUACAUUACCAUUUACACUGAGACAGUCUGGCCAAGUUAGGGCAGUUUUGCAAGAAAAUGAUUGGAUUUUCAUCCUCGCGCAUCAGCUUCAACUUGUUGCACCUUCUGUUACCUGGAAUGAGCUUAAUAAAGUAUUAAACAGACAAACUGGAUAAUUUAAAGUACAUAUAAGGUAUUUCAGUAAGACAGACAUGUCUGAAUGAGUAUUCAGUGACGCUUAUUUAUCGCUUAGUUUAACCUUUAUUUAACCAGGAGAAACUCAAUGAGUUUUAAAACAAACUUUUCAAGACUUUCCUUGCCAAGAUAGGCAGAAUAGGUUACAAAGUGUCUGACAGACAGAAAGCAGACCGACAUACAAACAUAAAACAGAGUACUAAAUGUCUAUGAUACAUCAAAAUUCAUGUCAUAACAGAAAGACGUGGCAAAUGUGAGUCCAAAAUUAUUAGUACAUCAAGAGAAAUGUGUCUACAUCCACAUCACUAUAAAAAUUACUCAGUGAGAGCACUCCUUUUAGCUUCAGCUAGAACAGCUUGUUACUCAUCUGAGAUUGUAACUUCUUGGGCUCUUGGUAUGAAGGAAGCAAACAUAAAUCAGACAGAUAAAUAAGAAUAUGUUGGGGGUUUCAUCUGCAAGGAAGACCAACCAACAUGCUCAUUAAACAACCAGUGGUGAGGUAGGGCUUUAUAUUAGUGGUAAGCCUCAGUGUCCCAUGAUACAUUCUGUCCAGAGCAUGUCCUGGUAAGAGGUGUGCAUGUGUAACAUCACUGUAAUCCAUAAGCAGAAAGAAAGGCAGAGCAGUUAGUGCAUUUUUAAAUGUAUAUUUUUAUCAAUCAUUGCAUAUUUCAAAUGAAUGACAUAAUUAAGAAUAGUUUGCUGAGAAAGCAAUAGUCUUUAAUUGCAUUUCCCAGUAUUCUGUUAAAUAGAUGACCUAAACUAUCACUCUUAUAUUUUAGAUAUAGUGAAAUAUGCACCUUGUAAUAAAGUGCUGGUCAAAUGUUUAAACUAGGUUUAUUAUACACUCUGGAAAACGAACCAAUAAUCAAUCAAAGAAAAUAACUGUAUUGAAUAAUGGAAAGCCUUUAAUAAUCUGUUACCUAGUUGAUGUAGACUAAUCAUUAUUAGUGGCGUGUAUCCAUUCUCAGGAGGCUGUUUGUGUCGGUGGGGGUGAGGGGGGUAGAAUGGAUGCUUCAUUGAGCCAGUCUCCAUGGCAACUGGUCGUCUCCAAAGGGGCUGGGGGCAGUAUAUUGGCUUAGUUAUUGCACACCUGCUGUCUCACCGACAAAGAGCGCUCCCAUAGUGCCAGCUGUGGCGGGGACACUGACGCUCGAUGUCGCUACAAAUCCUGAACGGGAGUUAUGGGCUGAUUGUGAGCAAAAAUGAGGGAUGAGUAAGUUCUGCGUGAGGGCGACUGUGGGUGAGGAGAAAGUGGAAAGCUGUGGGUGUUUGUGUUGUGGACUAAUCCGGCCAUAUGUUCCAUGGAGCGGUUUCAAAUGAACCAAAAAGAGGGAAAAAGAGCAUUUAAAAAAUGUUUGGCAUGUAAUAGCUUCUUAAUAAUGAUAUAUAAAAGAGGGAAAAGCAGGAAUAAAUUUAGUCUUUUCAGUCACUUACUGAUAUAUGCACCCAUCUGGCUCCUAGCUUGACCUUUGACCCCAACCGUCAGCUGAACAGCAAGACCAUUCCUCAGUCAGAUCACUCGGAUUAAUGAGUUUCCUCUCUACUGACUUCUUCUGGUCACCGGCGUCAAGAUCACACAUAAAGCCUAAUCAAUACUGCCUGCGGAUCAAUUACCACAGGGAUGAGUGUGACAGAUGGAGGGGGAUCGAGGUGAGAGAGCGGGAGAGCGGGGGUCUGGCAUUGAGCUUUGACUCCCUCUUUUGUUUUGAAACGGUGCAGCCAAGUGUGAUCAACAAUCAGUCAGAAGAUAAGCUAAUUUGAUCCUCUGGGCUCCUUCAGGUGGGACAACAGAUCAGCUUUAAAGGCUUGAGAGAUAAUGGGCCGCAUUGAUUGUGCUCUAUCCUGCAGAGUGCAAACAGAUUAUGGAAAAAGAAGGCACUAACUUUACAUCAGAUAAUCCAGACAGAGGCGGCAAGAGGCUGGAGCUUUCAGACAGAAAUGGCGUUUAAAGUGAGUCAGUGGGUCUCUCAGGUCAAAUCAGUGUUGCACUGUUAAGAAACAUUUGGUCAUUAGUGUAGACUGUGCUGCCCUCUUGUGGUGUGUGAUCUUAAGUGCCGCAGCCCCCCUCGAAAAGUGUUAUUUGUUCCUCAUCUCAGUGAUCUCAGUUUGUACUUUUUUUCUCAGUUUUUUACACAGCAUGCAAUCUGUGGCAGUGAGCGCAUCAGCCGAUCCUGUCUUGAUCCUUUCCGUGAGAAAAUGAGGUAAUAUGCAGGUCUGCAGAGCUGACCUCAUACCUGCGCUGUUUAGAUUACAGCUGAAUAGAAGAGGAAACAGGUUAUUUGAACUGUGUUCGGCAGUGUUUGCUUGUUGUUAAUUUUUUUUUUCAUGCCGUGGCUUUAGGUAAGACUUGAGGAAUGCAAUGAUGUCAGGCUAGUCUGCCUGCGUGCACGGCCGUGCUGCUGAGCCGUGUUCCCACCUGCACAAGCACAUACCUGCCUCUUACCUCAACAAAGAGCAGCUGGCAGGGAAGGGGGGAGUUAGGAGGGAGGAAGGGCAUGUAGAGAUUAAAAGCAAAGAGGGGAUUUAAAGGAGAAAGGGAGAGUAUGGGGCGAGAGAGCGCAGGGAAAUCCCAAACAUUUCAGCAGCUCUCUUUGGACACUCGGAUUCUGUCUUAGAGCUUGAAUUAGAGGCUAAGCUGAGACUUUGCAUGUGGAGUCACAUCAGCAUUGUGGUGUGAGAAGCUUAAAAGGCUCUAUUGAAGCAUGAGGAUAAUUAACCUACAUUAACUUUUAUAAUUAUUCAGCCCAUGGGCUAAGUUCUGCUGUAUUUCUUGAUUCAAUCUGACUCUUUAGAUGGGAAAAUGCAUCACAAUGUGGGAGAAAGUAUUAUCCGAGUAUUAUGUGUCAUUACCAAGUGGGAAUUUCCCUUUUGUGCUAUUGCUAACUUGUCUGAAUAAUGAUAUAAUUGCAUGGCUAAGGAGGUUCGUGGACAAUUACAGAAACUGCAAUUGCAUCUUUGGUGCUGCCAAUACUGCUCAGAAAUUAUAGACUAUUAUCAUUUUUUGAUGUUCAGGUUUAUUGAUGCCCAGAUGUUGCCAAGUUACAGUGAAAUAAUCUUCAAAGCUGAAAUGAUAAGUUUUUUCAGUUAACGGCUGGGUUGACUCAUAUCUGCUUUAAAUUAAUUCAAUUCCCUGCUUUCUCUGUGUCUGAAUCAAAACCUGGACGAAGCCUCUGUGAGUCAGGAGAGACGUUAGGAACAAUCAAAAAGAUGGAGCUAUGGGUGGCUUUCUGCUUCCUGGUAAACAGUUAAAACACACCCACCUGUCAGUCAGGUGAGCUGUACUUUGAUAUGUACUUUUGCAUAUUUAUGUAUAACUCCUGUCCUGCUCUCAUAAUUUAACAGAUGUGUUAUUAAAGUUCACCCUCCAUGUGCAGUGUAUACGUGGAAGUAAAUGAGCUACUUACAUUAAUUACUUGCUUCUGUUUUUUGUCAUUUACAUCACUUUUGGAUCUCGAUGGCCGCUGUUGCCUCAGUGAUGAGCAAAGAAGCGUUCUACUCUUGAAUCUUACUGCUAGAUGCCUCUAAAUAUCCUUAUUAUACACAUCUCACUUUUAAGGUUAUGAGUUUAGCAGAAGUAGGGCCCCCCUGACAGGCGCUGUUAGUAAAGAGACUAGAGGCCCGCCUGGACUCCACCUCUUUGCCUCCUGCUAGCUGGAUAGCAUUUAGAACUCUGUGCCAGAGACCACCGGGUGAUGUCACCAUAUUCAAUACAGCCAUUGUUUUUUUUCCCAAGUGGACACCCAAGGAACUGCAGUUUUUUUGUUGUUGUUUUGGCUCUGAUCUGAAAUGUCAAAAAGUCAAUGUAUUGGGUUCUUGGGUCGGUGUAAUUAUAACUUAUUCUGUUUUCUCUUACAGUGAGCAGGUAUCUAACUUGAUGAGGUAAUGCAGAUUUUUAAAAUAAUGGCGCAACUUCUGCAAAAUAGGAUGUUGUUUUUAUUAGUUACUAUUUUAAAUGUAGGGCUGCAACCCAAGUUGAUUCUUGAUGAUCAUGGGUGUUAUUUUUCGUACUCAUUAAUUUUUUGUGUGUAAAAAUGUCAUGAAUUGAUGUGUAACACAUAUUCUUCAAGUGUUUGGUUUUCUCUGACUUAUUGUCCAAAUUCUCUGACCAGUUAAAAUUAUGCUAACGUAGAGAAAAGCACUGAAGUGUUUAGGAUCAAUUAUGUUUGUUUUUAGGAUAAGUCAUUAACAUGAGACAUGCGCUUUGCUUUUUCCCAUCCCACUUUCUGAGGUGUGACAUGGAAAGGUGUGUGUGUUCGUGCAGAGAGCGCAUGUUCACCAUACUUCCUGAAUGACCUGUCAGGGUGUAAGCGGAGCAAUUAGUGGGUUAGAUUCCUAAGCUGGAAACUGCAGCCCCUCUCAGUUCGCAGUCACAUAGUUUGCUUUUCGGAAGUCGCAGGGCCCAAGCGCCCCACCAAGCUCUGGGAAGUGUAAUUACAGAGAAGUUUGUCUUCCCCCCCUCGCCCAUAUCUCCCCCUCCCCUCUUCUUUCUCCUCCCUCCUCCUCUUUCCUCCCUCCAUCCGGUUGCCUGCUGCUCUAGAAACACGUUAAAAUGCUCUCUGUGGCUUAAUUAGCAGUCUACAAAACAAGCCAUGCAUUCUUGGCCUGGUUUCAAACGUGAGAGCGAACACACACACGCUCUCACAUACACAGACCUGUACACAUGUGCACAUACAUGUGGACACAUGCACACUGUGUGUGUGUCUGUGUGUGUGUGUUCAGCAGGGGGCAGCAGUGCUCUGCUGCUGAGAGAUGGAUGUCUGUGUUGAAGUGAGCAGAGUGGCUGUUGAUUGGCUACUGCAUUUAAUGACAGGAAUGCUAAUUAGGGAGAUAUUUAUAGACCCUGGAGACCCUGAAAUGUCACAGUGGAGCAGCACACAACAGCAACACACAUGUAGUAAUGCUCUGUACAGCUCAAAAAGUGGAAUUUAUGAAUUAAAUCAGUAAAAAAAAAUACUCACAUGUACCCUUUAGCCGGUCCCCUCCUGCUGUUAGUUAACUUCCUGUCCUGCAAGGUGAGCACAAGUCAGGCGGUGAACAUUUUACUGCACUUCCCUCUCAGCACCUGGUAGAUACAGAGAGGAAACCCCACACCAAACCCUUACCCACACACGUGCUCACUAAUACUUCAUUUACCUUAAAGCUCUAAGUACAUUUAGCCAACUACAACUGAAUGUUACAGAGCUCAGUGUACUUCUGAAUAUAUCCUACUAUGUGCUGAUAGAGCCAUGGUUUGUUCCUGAAAAUGGAAGUUCUUUAAGUCAAUCCUUGGAGAGGAGCCAUGUGAUUAUAAUGCUUGAAGGCUGGAUUAGAUCACUGAGAAUCAUGGUAUAAAUAACAAGGACUAUUCAGGGUUUCCUCCGGGAUUUUUUUGAAACUGUGGUGAAGGAUUAACAUAGAAUUAUUAACACUGACGUAAACAUUAGGGUCAUUCCAUAGACUUAUCCGUCUUGGGUGCCUUUCUCUCACUCCUUUCACCCUCAUCUCCACCACUCCAGAGUGACGCAGUCGAGCUGGACAGGAAGUUGAGACUCUAGUGUUUGUUAUCCAGAAUUAAAUUAUCUGCAGAGCUGUGUCACAUUUCAUGAGUACAAUUCCACACUCUUUUUAUGGUCAAUGUGUGCAGAUAUAGACUCUAUGUUUAUAUGGGUCCAUUCAUACGAUAUAAGUUACAUUUAAGAUUGUAAUUCUGAAGGCAUGGCGGGUAUUUCUUUGGCGUGGCGGUGCGCCUGGAUCAUUUACAUGUAGUGGAAACCCUGCUAUUGCUGAUUCUAGAUGGGUGGAAUCUUUGGCAUCUCUGGUGGCACUGUAUUAAAAAUAGACAUGGCUCCUGUCUUGUUAUCAGCACACACCUCAAAGCCAACAUCAGCAAUGAUACUGGGAGAAUAUGUCAAAGGGGAUCCUGUGCAGAUGAAAUCCUGUAUCAGGCAUAGAUGAGACAAUAUCACACUUUCAAAUCUCCAGAAACGGGUUUUUCUCAAGUCCCAAACGGUUAAUUGUUAAGAGUUGAUGCAACAUAAACUUUGCUGAAACUUGUUGCUGGUAUCAAAUUUUUACUCUCACAUGUAUUUUUCGUGAAACUUAAAAUUUUUACUUUUUACUUUUAAAUAUAAAGUUAAAAUAAUUUUUAAAUCAUCAAAGUCUGUUUCUUUUUUUUCAAGAGUUUACACUUGACAGCAGUUUCUUGGAAACCGAGGUUGUAAAUGUCAGCCGGCAAAAGUAAAAGUAGAACUACUAAAUCAUCCAAACUCAGUCAUUUUAUGAGGUCAGACAUCGUCGUGCCUCUGGACUUUGCCAUGUCAUCAGUGUGUGUUGAUGAGCACUGGUGUGUACGUGCAUGUGUGUUUUUGUGCUCCUGCAUGUGCAGCGGGUUCUGGUCUCUACAUCAGAGCAGCAGGUAGGAUUAUUAAGGCUCAGCUAUAAAAGACUGACAGAGACCACCUCUGUGGACCACCUCAGAUGUGCGUGCGUGUGUGUGUGUGAGCAUGUGUGUGUUUUUGUGUCUUUAUGGGUGCUUUCCUCCGCCAUCUUUUCCCCUCACCUCGCUGCUUCUCCAGUGUUUGAACACUCUCACGUGUAAACAGCCUCUUUUUCUACCGCAGCAGCAGCUACAGCAGUGGCAGGGCGUGCUUUCUUUCGAGGUUGUUUUCUUGUUUUCUGGUCUCCUUGGUAUUCUCCUGCCCGGUGGGAAGCCUGCAUUCUUUUUUAAUUAUGAGGUGUGAAAGUCAAACCAAAGGGGCUAGGAAGGCCGGCACUCAAACACACUCGCACUUGGGGGAUCAGAUUUAAGGAGUGUCCUGGAAAAAAGUUGUUGAUGGCUGCACAGAGAUGAUCCACCUCUUGGAUCUGUAUUACAUGAAUAAUUUUCUGCAUGCACACAUCCACAGAGCCAUGCACGCCAUGGCAAAACCCUACCGUGUUUCUAUUUUUAAAGCGCGCAUCCUUGGGAAUGUUCCCCUGUCGAACACUUGAUGGCACUACUUCUGCACAGAUGCAGCCACCCGCAGGGUUUUCAUGCACACUUGCCGCUGUUUUCCACAGAGAGAGAGGCGGGGGGGUGUUGUAGGUGGGGCUUUGAAGUUAACACUGCUUCCCUUAGGCGAUGGAAGUCGUCUAUCCUAGUGUGACUGACUAUAUAAGUCAACUGGAAAAGGCUUAUGUGUGUAUGUUUUGUGUUUGGAGGAAUACACUGUGUACAUUCAUGACAGCCUGCUGGUCGUUUUCUCACACUCAGACAAAUUUCUUCUCCACCGCAAUCAUACUGGUGGUAAUUCAUCAGUCUUGGGCUGCAUUUGGAAUGGUGCUCAUAGUAAAUUACAGAAGGCUUGGCGCUGGCAUGAUAAUGCCCCGCUUAUGAAAGUAUCUGAAAUGUAUCUCGAGGCUUUCACAUGUUAUAAAGUAAUACAGAGAAGCCAGUGUGAGAAACCUCCAGCAAUCUAUCAGCCAGUCUGGCAGGAAGAAUAGAUGUAUGAGUCAGCGUCUUACUAAGAGCAUUCACACAGCAUUUUCCCUCCACAGAGAGCAGUGAUUAAUCUGAAUGUCUCUGUCAUUCCCUCUCCUCUCCCUCUCUCUCUCUCUCUCGCUCUCUCUCUCUGUCAGACACAGAUCCACGGGUCCUGGAGAAGCAGGAGCAACAGCAGCCCACCUAUCUGGCGCUGAGCUACAUCAACAGGUACACACACACGUACAGUAUAUUCACAAACACACAGAACCAAGGAUGUCCGUCUGCAGGGGGCAGCAUUGCUCCACCAGUGAGCGUCUGCAUGUGUGUGUGUGUUUGUGAGAAAAUGUGUGUGCACAUGUGGCUUGCGGGGAGCAGCUCAAAUGACGGAUGUCUUCCCAUAGAGCCAGCAGCGAGUGACUCAUCCACAAACCAGCGCAGAAAAAAAAAAAAAAAACCCACACAAGACAAUCGCUCCCGACUCCACGCACUGCCAGCUGCUACAGCUCAAGGCGGCAUUGCAGGAUUGCGGCAUGUUUAUGUUUUUUGUGCGGUGAACCGAUGUGUCAUGUCCAACUUUAUGCCACGUUAAAUCACCCAAAGAUGCAACAUCGGGGAGGAUAACGGUUCAAAAAGAAAGAGAGGGAAAGUGAACAGGAGUUUGUUUUCUGUGGGUGAUGUUUGUGUUCACUGUGCCAUGUUGUGAUGACAGUGGUGUGUGUUUAAAGGGGCGGCUCAUUCAGCAGCUCAUCGAUGUCAUGUUUAACCUUGGCUAUCCUGAAACACAGUAUCGUAAAACUCAUUAAUAGAGAGGGAUUGAUUCUCAAAGACUCCAAUUAAAGCCACAAAUAAGGUCAUAAAAAAGCACAAACAAAGUAGAAUAUGGAGUAUGCAGCUGUAAAUACGGUUUAUUAGACUGUAAUUCAAAUAAUUACACGUGACCCACAGACUAAUCAGACAGGUUGUCCACAAACGGUAACAUCUUGGGGAGGGAGCACUGAGAUGAUUAGUAUGAUUAUUGCUCAAAUUACAUCUCAAAGACUGACUUCCUGCUUUUGUUUACUCUUUCUGCUCCUGCUGGUGCUCUGCACACCAAGGGGGUUAUUAACAGGAUCUCAGGUGUUCUCAGUUUGGCUUUUACUUACUUGCAGUGCAGUAGGGCUGUAAUCAACCAAAGAAAUUCUUGGUCGACUAAAACCCUCAAAUUUUCGACCAAAAAUCGACUGACGGCAAACUCUUCUGCGGCGGGGGAUGACAUGGCUUGGCGGGGUGAAAAUAUACCGAUAUCAGCACAAAAGGCUAAAAUAUAAAAAUCCAGCAAACCGCCGGACGUUGAUUGACGUGGACGCUCUUUAAUCUUCCUGUCUCCAGCCGCUCUCUAGUGGGUUGGGCGAAUCCAAAAUGGUGAAAACAAGGGGGGUGUUCUGAGACAGGCUGUUACCUGUGAAAAGAGGGUGCUCUGAAAACACCGCCAUUAGCACUUGGUAUGUUCCUCCUGAUAAAACUAACCAUAGACCGUAAAUUGGUGCGGAAAAAAUCAAGUUGACCAAUCAGAAUUUUGGUCGACUAAGCAGGUACCAACCAAUAAGUUGACCAGUCGACUGGGACUUUACAGCUCUACUAAUUUCAAAAGAUAAACAAGUUGAUAAAGUCGCUAAAGACAUUAGUAAAUUUCCCAAACGAGGUCUGAGUGUGUUGGGAUUUGUUGGUAAAUGAUUUCAUGGACUCAGCCCUCCCCUGUCAUGUGUCUUACUCACGAUACCGCCAGGUUCAUGACGGAUGCGGCGCGCCGGGAGCAGGAGACCAUGAAGAAGAAGGCGACGCCCAAACUGUCCCUGUCCAUCACCGGCGGAGUGUCCAGGAACAGCACGGCCACGCCCCCUCGCCACACCAGCGGUAACCUGACGCCCCCCGUCACGCCUCCCAUCACCCCCUCCUCUUCUUUCCGCAGCAGCACACCCACAGGUAUGACAGGUGUGUGAGCGUGCAUGUUGAAAUGUGCAGUUGAGACGAAGACAGAUUGCUGGUGUGGAGUGAGUGGAGGCCUUGAAUGCAAAUGAACUUACUGGCUCUAACAGAAAAAAAAAAAAACUACGGUUGUAGUUGGAGCCAAUCGACCACAAGUAGAGACAUUUACAGUCUUCUAAAACCAAGUGGACAAGCAUGAAAUCAUUUAGCAAAAGUUCAAAUCAAGUGGAAAGGUUGAUGCCAUUUCAUGCCGUAGUUUCUUCAACUCUUUGUCAAACAUCAGAGAACAUCUACUUUGAUUUUCCAAAAGCUCGUGUGCUGCCUGUAUGCAUGCAUGUGCAUUUGUUUGUGCGCCGGCUAAGGUGGCUCCUGCGGUGAGCAGACCAGUCAACACUCUGCUAAUUACAUAGCAGCUGUCAUGCUGUGUGUUCGCAUGGGGCCGUGUGUUGCACAGCCCAGGAGCAGAUGUCCAAUUCCAGCCCAAAUGGUUCCAAACGUAGUGUUAGGUCUGGGCUCGUACACCGGCAGGGCCGCACACACACACACACACACACACACACACACACACUCACACACAUGCACACGCCUUCUUUCGACAUGUGCCAGGGUGCCAUCCAUUUCCUCAUGCUGAGGUGCAGCAUUUCCUGUGAGAUGGUGGGGGGGGGGGUCAGUGGGUUUAUGUAUGUGUGAGUGAGUGUGUGCAUGUGUGUGUGUGUGUGCAUGUACAUGUACAUGUGUUAGUAUGUUUGUGAGUGGAAAAUGUUCCUGCACAUAACAAAGCACCUUUUCAGCCGGAGCAUUUGGAAUCUCUCCAACUUAAUGAUCUCUGUUUGGUGCCAACCAAACAGUGUGUUUGGACUCAAAGGCGCACACAAAAGCCCUCACACUCAUGCACAACACUACUGUUUUGUUUUAGCAGUUUUUCCACUGACAUGUGAGCCACCGACGCAUCAAAAUAGGCGCAGAGAAUAGAAGGAAGUAUUGAUAAAAUGUUAUGCACCACUGAUCGGUGAAUUCCCAAGGGAAUGAAGGCAUGAUGUUCUUUAGGCUCUGUCACUAGUCAUAUUUCAACUGGUUGACUUGUGUUGUUUCUUGUUCUGUGUGUCUCCGCUGUGCCUCCAGGCAGCGAGUAUGAUGAAGAGGAGGUAGACUACGAGGAGUCGGACAGUGAUGAGUCGUGGACCACAGAAAGCGCCAUCAGCUCCGAGUCCAUUCUUAGCUCCAUGUGCAUGAACGGGGGCGAGGAGAAACCGUUCGCCUGCCCAGUCCCCGGCUGCAAGAAGAGAUACAAGGUAAAGCUUAAUCGGAAUACUGGGAAGUCUGAGCGAGCCGGGCCAACAGAACAACACAGCAUUUACUCACAGCAGAUGAAGCCCACAGUGGAGCAUUUGUUUGGACAUCACAUGUUAUGACACUAAAUUUGAAAAAGCGCGUAAUAAAUCCAAAAUAUUGAUGAGAGACAAAGAUAAGAACAUCACGGUAUAUUUGUUUUGGAUGAUAUUAUUCAUGACUGCUGACAAAUGCUUCCAUGUCCACUCAGUCCCACCAGUCGUGACGCAUUUUAAUAUUAUUCAGUUCUGAUAUGUUAUGAAAGUCGAAAAAUGAGUUUUUAAAAUCAUCCUAAAAUAAGGGCCAGGGGGGUCAUUAGGGUCACGGAUUAGAAAUGUUGUAAUGUUGGACCAGAUUUGUAGGAUAUGAGUUAAAAAAAGAUAAAUAAAUAAAAGAAUAAAUAAUUUCUUCUUCAGUGAGACAACCAAAUGUUGGACCUACAACACUCCUGAUACUCCCGAUCUCUGCCAACAGAGAGUGCAUUUUCAAAUCUGUUCUGCUCUUAGCUUCAUCUGAUAAGCAAAGAUAUGCUCAUUGGAAUUUCUCAAGGGGAAACCCCAGACUGAAGGUCAUGAUCCAGGUCUACGCCAAAGCUGUGACUUAGUGACGAUAGUAACAACGAAUGGGGGAGAAAAGAGGCGGCCGUGGUUCAGCGGUAGAGUCAGUUGUUUCCCAAAAACAGCCUCCUCCAUCCGUGUGUGAAUGUGACGUCAUGUAAGAGAGCUAUAAGUGGUCAGAGGGCUAGAGAGAGCAGCAAAUAAACCAUUAAUAUGUCUGCAGAUGAUGUGAUCAGCUAAAAAUACAUAAUUAAUUAUAAAAAAUCUGAGGGAUGUGGAUUUGGCUCUCAUUAAAGACAAGACAAGGUAAAAAAGUGGGCUGUGGGAAACGAAGAACCAUAUUUUUCCCUGCUCUACAUCUGCUCUGUCAGUCACAAUGGAAGCAUUUUUGUGUUGAUUUCUCGACUUAACAGCAACAAAUCCUCUCUGCUUUAAUACAUUUUUAUCAGUUUAAUGUUUGAUAACUUUAGAGUGUAAGUACUUCAUUGUUAAUGGUAUUAGCUCCAUGUCACAACUUUGAUUUAUCCUAGUUUUGGAUACAUUUGAGGAUACAAGAUAGUUGAUAGAUGAUGCAGUUGAGUGCAGUGAACUAAUGCACACCUACCACCACAAGCACAUUUAGGAACCUUCCUAAGGUUCUAGAUUCACAUUCACAGGCUGUUCAUGAACCUUGGUCAGCCGCUCCAGGCAUAGCCUCUGUAUAUGUGGCAGCAGGUUUUAUCUCCUGAGAAAAACCGGAUUGCUGUUGGGUAGGGACUAUGUCUUAGCUGGUCGCAGUGACUUCCUGAAGUCUUUGGUGGUUACCUUAAAGUAACAAGACUCAUCAUUUUUCAUACAUAAUGAUAUAAAAAAGUAUUUUAUUUCCUUUAAGAUGUUUCCUCCUGUAUUUCAUGUCUUUUUUUGUUUUUUUUUUAAUCGCAAUACAAUGCAUUUUUACAUCCAACAUUUUCACAAUUAUGGAUAUGCAUACAUCUACAAUUUAAUACAGACUCAUUUCAUUAGAAAAAACAGAAAGAGAAUGCGCUGUAUCUUUAUGUUACUCCUUAUUUUAAAUCCUUUAGUAUACCCCUUGUAUUUUAUGUCUUUGAGCUUGUAAAUUGGGAUUUUAGAUGGACCAUCAGGCUUUUUACGCUACAAGCGGCAAGAAAGUGAGAACAGAUUUGUCAACAAGUCAAAGAUGGGGCAUACAUGUGUAACAUCUUUCCCUUAAAUGAAUUAUUUCCUUUUCUGUUUGUGCUUCAGAAUGUCAACGGUAUCAAGUACCACGCCAAGAACGGCCACCGCACGCAGAUCCGGGUGAGGAAACCCUUCAAGUGUCGCUGUGGCAAGAGCUACAAGACCUCACAGGGCCUGAGACACCACACCAUCAACUUCCAUCCACCGGUGUCCACCGAGAUCCUGCGCAAGAUCCAAGGCUAAAGCCUGAAGUCUGAGCGACCAAGUACCCCCAACACACAGCCCUGUCCUGACUUUCCUUACCCGACCCUUUUAUACCCAUCCCACACACUAAAGGAUCAAGUGCAUGCUUUAAGUUCUUCUACUUUUCGUUCAGUUCAUUUUUAUUUUUGUGUGAUAUUAUUUUUUCUAUCCAUGUUAUAUCACUUGUAUUUUUUGGUAAAAAAAAAAAAGAAAAUGUAUCUUUGUAGUAUUUUUAAUGUUGUACAUUUGCACAUUCGUAUUAUGCUAUCACGUUACCUUUUUUCUAUUGUUUGACUUACAUAAGGUGCUAACUGUAAAAAACAACAGAAAGAAAAGACAAAAAAACAAACAGAGGGAAACUAAAACGAAGAUGUGAAAAAGGAAGUGACACCAAGCUCCGCCUCUUUUUCUGCGCUGAAAUGAACGAGAUGAAGUCGACACUAGAAGUGAUCUGAGGUCAGUUUUCAGACACUCCUUUUUAAUGAGUUUACUGCUCUUAGAUCUGCCUUUACUGUCACUUCUGGAGGCGAGGGUGCAAGAGUUAAGUUAUACUUUAAAUAGAUAUAUUGAUAUAUAAACAAUAGAUAUGUAAGUGUACAUAAAAAUAUAUAAAAGUAUUCAUGAGCAUAUACAUAAAUAGUUACACUUUAUUUUCAAGCUUUAUUUUAUAUAUUUUUGUCAGUGUUUUAGAGUAGAUUCUUUUGUGUAUCAGUAAGUGUUCCUUUCAUUCCAUGUUUGCUGAGACGGCCACCUCAGAGGUCAAACCGUUGGCCGAGUUUGGGAGACGAGGAGCCGAUAGAUCUUUUGAUUUGACACACUCUGAACAGUGUGUGAUGUUUACUGUCGAUCAUGAAGGGACACUCAAAGCAGAACGUGUUAGAUCAAAGCUCAGGCCAGUAAUCCUUAUCCGAAAACAUUUCAUUUGGCGCAGAAAGCCGACUGUUUAUUCCAUAUCUUCAGUGUUUUUCUCAUCCGAGUGCCAGAGCUGCGUUCAAGAGACUCCAGCGUCAAACUGUAUUCUAGUUGCCAAGAUUUUUUGUUGGUGUUUUUCCAUGAUUGUUGCCAACAGCUCUCCACUGCCAAACAUUGACCAUACCAUGUGCCUGACGAGGGGUUGGGGGGUGGGCGGGGAGUUGUUAAGGUUUUCAUUUUGGAGGUUGCUAUAAGUGUGGCAGUGAUUUUUCUUCUUCAUGCGCCUCCGAAAUGUUUGGAUGAGUGGAUGUACAUUGAUAGAAUGUUUUCCAUGCAUGCUUUCUGUGUCGUAAAGAGAGAGAUACUGAGGGUGGGUUUAUAUCUAAGAGAUUACCAACUACAACCUGUCUUUUUUCGUGUGUUGUAGAGGAGCAUUCCAGUUCAUUGUACGUGUGUAGGUACGUUUGAUGUAAGUGUGAGCUGUGUGUGUGUGUGUGUGUUUCAGCAGUUUCCAACUCAUCAGCCUAUAGAGUGUAUUCUGUGUGUGUGUCAUGUUUUACUGCUGCCAGGCCGCUGGUUUGACUCCUGUAGAGCAGGAUUGCUGGCUGGCAGGCUGACAGAGUUGCGUCAUGUAGAGUAGCGGUGGCCAACUUGUUGCCCCCUUACUGGGAUUUUUCAUCAUUCAUUGCCUCUAGAAAAACAAAAGCGGCGUCAUGCUGCGCCGCGCUGCGUGCCAAGUCACAAUGAUCCAUGACAUCAUGUCCUUAAUGAACGUUCUUGUUCAGUCGAGGACUCAUGAGCUCCAGCUCCCUUUUCUUUUGUUUAUUUGAAGGGUACCUCUGACCUGCACACACCCUCCUGUCCUCUAAACUUCUAGGUUAGCUUCGCAAAGAUGCUUAACAAACCUGAUUUUGUCGUUUAUUUUCACAUACUUCUAACAAAAUAAGUACAAGUAGGGGCGUGUCCGGAAAGGUUGGCAUAAGCCAGUGGCUCUCAAGUCCAGUCCUCGAGGCGCACUGUCCUGCAUUUUUUGGAUGCACCUGAUACCAAUGAUGAGCUCGUUAGGAAGCCAUUACAGAUCUUGAUAACGAGCUGAUCAUUUGAAUCAGGUGUGUUGGAGCAGGCAAACAUCCAAAACAUGCAGGACAGCGGGCCUCGAGGACAGGACUUGAGAACCACUGGUAUAAGCCAAGGUGAAAUUUGAUUGGCUGUCUAAAAAAUUCUGAGCCAUGAUUGGCUAUUUGCUUUGAACUGCUUGGGCUGAAUUUGUUUGUUUGAAUGUAGCGAUGUUUUUAUUUUUUGUUACUUGUUGGAUAUGAGCUUAGAGUAUUUUAAUGUUGUGUUGCUUGAGCUGAAAAGAUGUACACUAAAAUAUACGCAUGACACUUUUACGUUAGUAUUAAAGUAGGAAGGAUUUGUGGAGUCAGAAGAACUCAAUGCCGCCCCUUGAUUGAGUCACCAGUUAAAAAUCAUGGGCACACCUUUCUUUCAGCAUAAUUCAAAACAGACGUUUGAAUCCUCAGAGUAUAGAAUUUGUCUAUCUUGUUGCCAGUGUUCUUGUUUGCUCACAAAAGCAUCAUAAAUUCCAACCCACUUCAUAAACAUCAAAUAAUUCCUACUACUACCUUUACCAAUGCCUUGAAGUAGAGUGGUAUUUUACAAAUAAGCACAAAUGUGACCCAGCAGAUAUGCAUGAGUAUUCAGUAGGACCAAUAAGUGAGCCAUUAUCUCCAAAAUCUUGGUAUCAGUUUCAAAGUGUGUCCGUGGACUUGAUACCCUGAAAGAAAACCUGAGGUAAUGGUUCGCAUGCGAUAGAAGAGUGCGUAGGGGAAGAGUUUCCAUGUCUGGGAUCAGUUCAGAGACAGGGGGAGACGGACGCAGACUGAGCGUCUCCCGUUGGCCUGUCAAACACUCGUAAAACCAUCCCCGCUUCACUGACACCAGCGUCACCAUGGCAAUAGUUCCGGCUUUACACAGGGGCCAAUUUCAGUAUUACUAGAAGAGGGGUGGAGGAGAGGAGGUUGUGUGCAGAAGGAGGAUACGAGGGAGGGGUUUCAGUAUACCAGUACAGUGUACAGUGAAUGUAUUGUAACAAGUGUCUGUUGUCAAGUGCUUUUAAAUUAUAUUUUCGUAUGUAACGUGGAGACCAUUGUUUCCUUUUUGUAUGGGGGGACAAAAGGUUCUGACCAGAGUAACUUGUAAAUGAUGUCAAACUGUCUUUCUAUAUAAAAGAGAAGCUGCUUCAAUGUAAACAGGAAAUGACUGAAAAAACAGUAAAAUAAAGUAAAAAGCUCUGCA